CUGAGUGGAUUAAAGAUGGGGGAGCAAGGUGGUUGGCUGGAGACUGAUAGUGGAGACUGGGCGGCCAUCUUGGAUUACCAGACGGGUGCAGCCAAGGGCCCAGGGGACGACAUCACAGAGCAGGCCAGGACCAAAGGCGACAUAGUGGAGUCUGCAGUCCAUGAGGACCUGCUGAUAUCCGGUGUUGCUGGCUGGAAAUACUGGACCUCUGAGGUGGCUGGUCACAAACCCUGGCCACGGAUCAGAACCAUGGAUCAGGAGGCAUCGCUCUUCCUUCCAGAGUCGGAACAAGGACUGAACCACGAGGGACGGAGACUCCACCACCACACAGAACACAACCAGUGGACAGGUGGACUGAACAACCUCAGUCCUGGUGGUCAUCAGAGAGACAGAGGCUCCAGUCAGGGAUCCAGUCUGCAGCCCAGACCCUUCUCUUCCCAGUCUCAGUGCAGGGAUGGAGCAGGUCCUGGGGCUGAUAGAGAUCGACCCUCCUGUUCCUAUGAUACAAACACCACAGUUUCCAUGAUGAACAGAGCAGGUCACCCUGGGCUUCAGCCUUCACAGAGAGUGGUGGGAGACCCCCCUGGCGGUAGUCUAUCAGGAAGUCUUUCUUCUUCAGGGUCUCGUCUAAUGCCUGGUGACUGGGUUCAUAGAAGACCUGGGUCUAGCCUUCCUCAGUUACCUCAUGGUUACCCCACCAAUACAGACAGGGUCAGGAUGGGUGUUCACCACAAGAGGUACCUAACCUAUAACACAGCACACAAUCCCAACAACACCCAAACAAUGGCUAGAGGUCAAGGAGGGAGCUCAAAGACUAACCACCUGAAGGUGUUGGCUCCUGCUUCUACCACCUCUGGUGUCAUUGGGUCACAACGUAAGAGGCCAAGCAAUAGGACGGACGCCGACAAGCUGUUCUCCUGCUCCACGUGUGGGAAGCGAUUUGCUGAGGCGAGCUAUGUGAAGGAGCACCAGACCGUUCACACCAAGGAGAGGCCCUUCAAGUGCAAACUAUGUUACAAGAGCUUCUCCUUCCGGAGUAGCCUUAUCAGACAUAGGAGUGUCCACAAAGGGGAUAAAUCGUAGCAGUGUGGCUUGAGAUGUACACGGGGGAUAUCUGUGAACUCUCCCCCUUGAUGUGAAUAAACCAUGGCUUUGCCUGAGAGUUCCAUCCCCAGGAGUUUCCAGCCAUGCAGACAGCGCUCUGCCCCGGUGCUGAUCUGGCCUUAAUGAAGGCUUAGCAUCCAGAGCUACCUUUGAACUGUCACCUGGAAUAAAGGGGGGAGUCUCACAGCCGUCAGCCCCACACUGACUUUAACAUUCACUACGUACUACAGCCUACAAUUCCCACCCGAAUCAUUCUUUAGCUGACAUACUAUAGUUAUCAUGUGAAGUGUCCUGGAGUAAGAGCAGUGGUGUUCUGGAGGGUGUACGCAGGUGGCCGUAUACCCACUUAUUUUUCAGUGGGCAAUGAGUAUAAUCGCAUCUUAUUCCCCACGAAGUCUAUCAAAGUAGUGCAGUGGAGGUAUAGACUGUGUCAAUAAAGCUGAUGGAGCAGAUCUAGAAUGUUUAUCUUGCAAUGUUGAUUAUUUAUUCACAUUUUCGCAAUGUGCACACGGUGGUAGGCCUACGGGUAAAUGAUCCAAAAUGAAAUUUGUGGGGAAAAAACUUGGCUACUUCAAAAUGUUGUACAUAUUCCCCCCAUUUUAGGGGCCAAAAAUUAUUGGGACAAAUUCACUUAUGUGUAAUAAAGUGGUCAAAAGUUUUG